CAUAUGCUAGCACGUGUCAUUCCACUAUUUGCAAUUUGUUCCAGCUAGUGUUUUAGUGCCGUCCUUUACCAACACUAGUUCAGUUGCGCGUCGUUCGUCCAAAGUGGCGCGUUAAUUAAUAAAUUGUUUAAAACAAAGUGUUGAAGAUCUACUGAAAGCCGUUAAAUGGAAGGAAAAUCAAUAGUUAGCAGGCAGGAGCCGGUGCUGCGCAUAGAUACAAAUGCGCGUCGCAAUUUUAUCAAAUUCCACAAGAAGCUCGGCGAGAAACCGAGCACAACCGUCAGAUUUUAUGAUCAAACCGAUUGCUAUACAGUGCACGGCAGCGAUGACUGCGAGCAGGUGGCCAAAAUUGUUUACAAAUCCACGGCAUAUGUGCACAAGCUGCUGCCGGACGACAAACAGGAGACGCUGCAGUAUGUGGCCAUGUCCAAGGUUAACUUCGAGCUGGCCGUGCGUGAACUGCUACUCGUGCGCAAUUUGCGUGUCGAGGUUUAUGUUAAACACGAUGAUUGGCAGCUGGAAUACCGCGGCUCUCCGGGCAAUCUGCUUCAAUUCGAAGACAUUUUGUUUGCCAAUAAGGAGGUGCUCGUGGGCAACAGCAUAAUGUCGCUGCAAAUCAAAUUGGAGGGCGGUACACAGCGGCGUGUGGGCGUGGCCGCUGUCGAGCAAAACGAUUGCACAUUCCAGCUGUUCGAGUUUGUGGACGAUGACUUCUUUACCGAACUGGAAGCCACCGUGGUGCUGUUAGGGCCUAAAGAAUGCCUCUUGCCGGCAGCGGAUGGCGAAUACGCGGCUGUAAAGGCCUUGCUGGAGCGCAAUGGUGUCAUGAGUACGGUGUCCAAACGGGGCAGCGCCGCUGAGCGCAAUGAUCUGCUGCAGGACCUGAAUCGCCUGCUGCGCUUUGCCAAGGGCCAGCAGGAGGAUGCGAACGGACUGAAGGAACUGCAAAUGAAAUUGGCAGCCGAGGCAUUGCGUGUGGCCAUCAAGUAUUUGGAUUUAAUUAACGACGCCGGCAACUUGGGGCACUACGAACUCAAGCAGUUGGAUCUGAAGCGCUUUGUGCAUUUGGACUCCGCUGCUGUGGCCGCUCUCAAUUUAAUGCCUAAUCCGGGCACACAUCCAUCCAUGCCGUCGUAUCGCUGGCAGAGCAUAUUGGGCGUCCUGGAUCAUUGUCGAACGCCGCAGGGCCAUCGUCUGAUGGCUCAGUGGGUGAAGCAGCCGUUGCGCAGCUCAGAGAUACUCAACGAUCGACAUAACAUCGUGCAGUGCCUGCUGGAGUCGCCAGAGACACUAGACACGCUGAGUCUGGACUAUUUGAAGCGUAUACCAGAUAUCCUAAUGCUCACCAAAAAACUGAUGCGUCGCAAGGCAAAUUUACAGGAUCUAUUUCGCAUUUAUCAGGUCAUUUUGCGCACGCCGAAAAUUCUACAGUUGCUGCUGACUCUGGGAAACAGCACAGUGCAGAGUGUGCUCUGUGCGCCCUUCAAAAGUUUUCUGGAAGAUCUAACAGGUCUGAAGCAGAUGGUAGAGCAGGUGGUUGACUUUGAGGCCAUUGAGAAGGGCGAGUAUUUGGUAAAGAGCACAUUCGAUAGUCGCCUAAUGAAUCUACAGGACACCAUGACAGAGUUAUAUGGCAAAAUGGAAAAAAUACGCAACAAAUGCAGCGAGGAACUUGAUCUGGAUGGCAAACUCGUCAAGUUGGAAAACGUAGCCAAGUUGGGUUAUCAUUUGCGCACCACAAUCAAAGAUGAUUCGGUGCUGCGCAAGAACAAAAACUUUCGUAUUGUGGAUGUGAUUAAGGGCGGUGUACGCUUCACCUCCGACAAGCUGGAAGGCUAUGCAGAUGAGUUCACCAGUUUCCGCACGCGUUACGAGGAGCAACAGCAGUCAAUUGUCGAGGAGAUCAUCCAAGUGGCCGUGGGCUAUGCAGCGCCGCUAACUUCAUUAAAUAAUGAGCUCGCCCAGCUGGAUUGUUUGGUCAGUUUUGCCAUAGCAGCACGUAGCGCUCCAACGCCCUAUGUGCGGCCAAAGAUGCUGCCCGAGGGCGCUGGCCAGCUGCUGCUCGAGGAUGUGCGUCAUCCGUGCCUUGAGCUGCAAGAGCAUGUUAGCUUCAUAGCCAAUAGCGUGGAUUUUGAGAAGGAUAUUUGCAACAUGUUCAUCAUAACCGGUCCAAAUAUGGGCGGAAAAAGCACCUAUAUACGCUCUGUGGGCACAGCUGUUCUAAUGGCCCAUGUUGGCGCCUUUGUGCCUUGCAGUGUAGCUAACAUCAGCAUGGUUGACUCCAUACUGGGACGCGUUGGCGCCAGUGACAAUAUUAUUAAGGGCCUGAGCACAUUUAUGGUGGAGAUGAUUGAAACUUCUGGCAUUAUCAGGACCGCAACGGAUAAAUCGCUGGUGAUCAUCGAUGAGCUGGGACGCGGCACAUCCACCUAUGAGGGCUGCGGCAUAGCCUGGUCCAUAGCCGAGCAUCUGGCCAAGCAAACAAAAUGCUUUACACUUUUUGCUACGCACUUCCACGAGAUAACCAAGCUGGCCGAAACGCUGUCCACGGUGAAGAACUGUCACAUGGCUGCCGUUGCAGACGACGAUAACUUUACGCUGCUGUACCAGGUGCGACCUGGUGUAAUGGAGAAGAGCUUUGGCAUACAGGUGGCACGACUGGCCAAUUUUCCCGAGCACGUGGUGCAAAAUGCCCAAGAGGUGUACAACGAAUUCGAGGAUGAGCACGCGGGCAAACAGAACGAGGCGGAUAAAGCGCUGUUGGACAAAAUACAAGUGGCCAUAGAGCAGCUAUCGACGGCUGGCAACAAUACUGAGAUCAAUGUGGAGGAUCUGACACAGCUGGUGGCACAAUUUGCCAAGGAUAUUAAGCAGCUGGACAGUGAUUAUUUUAAGUCUGUGUUAGCCAGCAGCGAGGCCUAGGCCAAGCCGUGCUGAUUAGCUGUAAAGAAGAGAUUAUAAAUUCUAUAUAGUAUUCAUAAACAAGAGCCUUCCAUCCAUCAAGUCUUAUACAUUUAUUAUUUAAACAUUUAUUGGUCUUUUGUUUCUUAUUAGCUGUAAAAUUGUUUUUUUUUUUCUUUUUCAUUUAGUGAAUAAGAUUUGUGUCUCAGUUUUAAACCGUUUCUGUUUUAAACACCAAAAUUUUGCCGCACUAAUGCAUUGCGCUAAUGAAAUCAUAAAUAAUUUCUUUAAUUUACUUUUUAAAUUUUAUCUU